AUGCUGAUGGCCUCCACGAGGGGGCAGCAGGAGAGGGCCGAGCUCAAUGUUAGCCUCCUCCAGGACCCCACAGAGGCCGAGCUCAGUGUUGGCCUCCUUCAGGACCCCACAGAGGCCGAGCUCAGUGUUGGCUUCCUCCAGGACCCCACAGAGGCCGAGCUCAGUGUCAGCCUCCUCCAGGACCCCACAGAGGCCGAGCUCAAUGUUAGCCUCCUCCAGGACCCCACAGAGGCCGAGCUCAAUGUUAGCCUCCUCCAGGACCCCACAGAGGCCGAGCUCAGUGUCAGCCUCCUCCAGGACCCCACAGAGGCCGAGCUCAAUGUUAGCUUCCUCCAGGACCCCACAGAGGCCGAGCUCAAUGUUAGCCUCCUCCAGAACCCCACAGAGGCCGGUGUCAGUGUUGGCCUCCAACAGGAACCCGUAGAAGUGGACCUCGUCCUGCCGGCGGAAAGUCAACAGGUCUCGCUUGUGGCCGCUACAGACCUCCUCACCUUCGCUACAGGUUACGGAGGAGUGAAGAGCCAUGGCGGGUAUCAUGGAAGCUACCAUGACAAUGGCGGCUACUAUGACCAAGGAGGCUACAAGGGUAAUGACGGCUACCAUGCCAACCAUGGCCAUAGUGGUAACCACUAUGGCGACCAUGGCAAGGCCGGAUAUAGCAGCUACCACAACGACCACGGCGACUACUAUCGGGGCCACGACGACAAGAACAGGUACUACGGGGGCGCUCACAAGGGUCACAAGGGGCAGAAGGGUCACCACGACGGCUCCAAAGGUCACCACAACAAGGGUCACAAAGAUAAGGGCUACAAGGAAGUGUAUCACAAGGAGGAGUACCACCACAGCAAGAAGUUCUACGACGACGAAGACGACACCAAAUACUACAACAGCUACGACGACUACGACGACUACUCCAGCGCCCACAGCGGCAACGACUACAAUGGCGGCCACUACGAGGGAGGACACCACCAAGACCAGCACGACAACAAGGGCUACCACGACAAGGGCAAGUACCACAACCACUAUGCUGACCACGACGGCUACUUCGCCAACAAGGGCCACGAGGGUCACCAGAGCUCCUACGGCGACCAUGGUGGCUAUAGGGACCAAUAUGGCCACGGUGGUGGUGGAGGCUACGGGCAAAGCGGUCAUGGCGGCGGCGGGGGUCAUGGAGGCGGCUAUGGCCUUGGUGGAGGCGGUUAUGGCCUUGGUGGAGGCGGUUAUGGCCUUGGUGGAAGCGGCUAUGACCAUGGAGGAAGCGGCUAUGGCUUUGGUGGAAGCGGCUAUGGACUAGGAGGGGGAUACUAACUUCGCUGAUAACACCAGCAGCCAAUGAGGAGACCAGAAACUUCAGGACGCUCCGGACGUCAUGAAAAGUCCAUGGGCUGGCCACGUCUUUGAUAGUCCUACCACCUCGACAGCACCCCCAGCAGCGACCUACUGAAAGAGACACUCAUAUAAGCGCUGGAGACUAUACGUUGAGGGAGGAAUGAUAUAUGGACAACUAACCCUUAACCCUCUUCCUAGGGCUGGCAUUGUGCACCUAACUUAUUGAUGACAACACAGCUUCUCUAAAUAACUGGACUCCGAUGCUCCCAUGUGGAUACAGCUGUAUUUAUAGACUGAACUCCAUUUGCCUCUUAGUUACUCCCUAGUGCCUGC